AUUUGUGUGGCGGCGAAUCGACUCGCCGGAAAAGACUCGAGAAGAAACGAUUCACGACGAAUCGACGGGAACGAAACGACGUAUACCCAUGUAGUGAACAUACAUACUACAUGCAAAUUUCGAGAUUCGAGCGGUUUUAUGCAUUUUUUCGUUAAUUAUCUGUGAGCAGUCCAAAGUUAUAAUACAUACAUUAACAAGCAUCAUGUCAGAGAAUGUCGAUUGGUCCAAAUAUGUUUCCGAGCAGGAAAAACUUGUCACAAACAAGUUAGCGACGGUUAACAUUGAUCAAAAUGCUCAACCUAGCACUGGUGCGUCUGGGCAUAAACCGAAAUUGGGCAAUGAUGAAGAACAGUUCAGCCCGGCUGAAGUGAGCCUCCUACAAAAAAUUAUUCGUAAUGGACUGGUAGAAAACAAGAAUGACUUAGAAGUUCAGAGAAGAGAUCCAACAUCUCCAUUAUAUUCAGUCAAAAACUUUGAAGCACUUAACUUACGCCAAGAAUUAUUAAAAGGUGUAUAUGGUAUGGGAUUCAAUGCUCCGUCCAAAAUCCAAGAAGCAGCACUCCCAACACUACUAGCUGAGCCGCCACAAAACUUAAUUGCUCAGUCUCAAUCUGGCACUGGCAAAACAGCAGCAUUUGUCUUGGCAAUGUUGAGUAGAGUCAAUCCAAAUGAUAAAUAUCCUCAAGUGUUAUGUCUCUCUCCAACGUAUGAGCUUGCAAUACAAACUGGGGAAGUUGCAGCCAAGAUGGGAAAAUUCUGUCCUGAUAUUGAGCUGCGUUAUGCCGUUAGGGGUGAGGAACUCGCUCGAGGUUCACGAGUUGAAGAACAAGUCAUCAUUGGCACUCCAGGAAAAGUGUUAGAUUGGGCAACUAAACUGAAAGUAUUUGAUUUACGAAAAAUACGAGUGUUUGUGCUUGAUGAAGCUGAUGUCAUGAUUGCAACACAAGGACAUCAGGAUCAGUGUAUUCGAAUUCACAAAAAUAUUAAUAAGGAUAUUUGCCAAAUGAUGUUCUUCUCUGCCACCUACGAUCAAGAAGUAAUGGAAUUCGCGGAAGUCAUCGUAACUAACCCGGUCAUUAUCCGUCUAAAACGCGAGGAAGAAAGCCUGGAUAAUAUUAAGCAAUAUUAUGUUAAGUGUGCAAACGAGCAGCAGAAAUAUAACGCAGUGAUAAAUAUCUACGGCACGGUGGGUGCUGGUCAGGUGAUUAUCUUUUGCCACACGCGUAGAACGGCCACCUGGCUUUCCGAGAAGAUGUCUAAGGAAGGUCAUGCUGUCGCGUUGUUAACUGGUGAUCAGACUGUCGAACAACGUAUUAGCGUUUUGGAUCGUUACAGAAAUGGCCAAGAAAAGGUUCUCAUAACAACGAAUGUUCUCUCUAGAGGCAUUGAUGUUGAACAAGUAACAAUCGUGGUGAACUUCGACUUACCUGUGGACGUUAGAGGGCAAGCAGAUUGUGAAACAUAUCUACACAGAAUCGGUCGCACUGGUCGCUUCGGUAAGCAUGGGAUUGCUAUUAAUCUCGUUGAUGGCCCUAAUACUGAAGCUAUAUGUCGUGCCAUCGAGACACAUUUCAAUAAGAAAAUUCAAUUCUUAAACGCCGAGGAUGCCGAUGAAAUCGACAAAAUUGGUGCUUAAGGUGCGUUUAUACAAAUUUUUUUAAAUAAUGGAAUAUUUUGUUUUUGUAUUUCAUGGAUUGCUCUUGCGUAUAUGUGGGUACGCUUUAUAGGUUCUUUUAUAAAACACAUGUUAAAGUAAAUAUUUAUUUUUA